GGGGAGGCUUGGGGCUGCCAUCAGAGCCCGCUUUUAGUGCCGGGGCGCCUCACCUCCGUGGCCUGGGCCUUGGUCUGCUCCCCCACCGUUUGUGCUGUACGUGCGCUACUGUGCGCUGUACGGUAGCGUCUUUGUCCCUGUGUCAGUUGGCGUCUUUAUCUUGGUCUGGUGCAUCCGCGCAGUGAUCGACCGUCGCAUUUCGGCUGAGUGUUCUGUAAUAGUGGCCUGUGCAGCGCUGUAGCCCGCUGUCCCGUUUUACUGCCAGACCAGCCUUCACCUUGUUCUCACUGUCUCGUCCUUCUCCCCAACCCAGUUUUACAUUCUUCGUCACCUUCUUCUUUUUCUUUUCUUUUCUCGGCCGCUGUUUGGUGCUGCUUUUUUGCUUUUGGUAUUGCAUACGGCAGAAGAGCUUUCCAAUUCACUUUUGUGCCACAGCCUGUUCAACCUGUUUCUCGCAACUGUUUCCUACGCAUCACGACAGCCCACCUGGAAACUGGUCUGACCAGCAGUCUUGAACCACAACACAGGCUACCUAAUUCUGGGUUGUUGGACCAAGGGACAACCAAAUAAGCCUAUAAACAACACUCCCGAUAUUAUACCCCGUCGAUCGAUCGAUUCCUAUAAGCUUGUACCUACCGUGGACUUGGGCCAACCUAGGGCGUGCCCAUCAGCUACCACCUGUGUGUGUGUGUACCGACGUCCCGCCGUUGGACGCUCAAGGUCAACAUUCACAAAUUGCAAAACCAUAUCCGCUCUACAUGACGCGGAUUCAGAGAGGGCGAUAUGACCUCACCCGAACAGGCUCGUGCUAGCCCGCAGCUUCGAGAUCCCAUCCCCGAUUUGGCCCCUCGACACGUACAGCAUGUGCCUGGUCAGAAUGGGAUCCCCCCAGAUCACGAACCGACAAGCUCGCAUACAGAGGCUACAAAUACGAACCCUUUUAUAGGCAAUAUAGCAACUGCAGGAGGCAGUCGAUUUCAAAGAGAUGUAGGCAAUGACCAAGCUCGCUCACAAUCGCACAGCCCUUUUAGGCUUUCUAUGCCCACAAUAUCACCUGCCCAGCUGGCCUUCUCCGCGAUGCAAUACCUGCCUAUCCCAGUCAUUAUUCUAAACAGCCUCAAGACCGUGGUCUUAGCAAACGAAGCCAUGGGCCGCAUGAUGGGGAUAGUGACGGAAGAUUCGGACGAUGAUGGCUUGAUCACAAACGAGCGACUCCGUGGGCAGACACUCUCACAGGUUGGCAUCGAUAUGCUGCAGGAUGGCCGACCUGUAUGGAUUACGUGGGAGGCAUUCCUUGACACGCUUGUUGAUGAGCUUGGUGUAAGACCAGCAACAAAUGACCAACGACAGCCAGCAUCAUCCCGUGGAGAUGCAACACCUACGAACCAUCUCUCCAGUCCGCAGCGUAAGAAGGCACCUAGCGGCCAAGCCACCCAGGAUGCGGUCGUAGAAGUUGUCAUCUCACGGAAAGGUCUACACAAGACGACAUUCGAUAGCCGAUACAAGUGUAAGGAGUCUGACUAUCACUCUUAUGCGAAGAUGAUUGUUACCGUCUGGGAAGUCGAGGACAGACAAACCUAUUUCACGCUCACAUUUACUAGCACACAAUCUACUGCCUCAACACCUGUUAAUAACAAGAAGGGAAUAGCAAAACCUAGCAUUCUUGAAGCCGCUGAACGACGAACUAUUCCGAAUUCUACGCCACCGUCUAUCGCGUCAUCUAGAGGUGGAAACUCUCCCCUCUUUAAUGGUCCAAGCACUGUUACUAUGUCGUCUACACCAUUUCCCCCAAUGGGGCCUCCAUCAGUCGCCACACAUUCACAUGCAAGCUCACCAUCUAUGCUGCAAAAGAUUAUCCGUCUCAAAGAUGCACUGCUUGACAACGCACAGACGCCCAUUCUUGCCAUGUGGAAGGAUGGCAGCGUCAUAUUUCCAAACAAGUUGGCGAGAGAGCUGCUCCCCGUCGACGUGGACUUGGAUUCUGACAAUGAAGGUUUUGAGCUACUGAAAAAUUGGGAAAUUUGGACCGACGACUUUAGUAGGCUUCUCGAAGUAGAAGAGUAUCCGCUCACAAUUCUUCUCCAAACCGGAAAGCCGUCUCCUAGCAGGCGAGUUGGCAUUUACAAUUCCAAGAAACAGAAGCUCGUUUUCGAUAUGGUUGGUGAGGCGAUCCACAACGAAGCUACCGGCGAAUUUCUGGCCGGUGUGGUAACGUUCCGAGAUGUUACUGAUAUUACGGUCGAGAUGACACAGAUCCGAGAAAGAGAUGAAGAACGAUUCAAACUUAUCUGUGACAGUAUGCCACAGCUAGUUUGGACAGCAACACCUGAUGGCUUGCAUGAUUUCUUUAACACCCGCUGGUACACGUUCACCGGCCUAACGCCAGAGGAGUGUUUGGGGCGUCGAUGGCACAGCUCUUUCCACCCUGACGAUAUGCCAGUGGCAGUGGCCAGAUGGGAGCACUCUCUUAAGACGGGUGAUCCCUUUGUUAUGGAAUACCGGUGUCGGAGCGCAGAAGGCGAGUGGCGUUGGUUCUUGGCGCGAGCUCUAGCACUAAGGAACAAGGACACAGGCAAUAUUGACAAGUGGUUCGGUACUUGUACGGACGUCCACGAGAGUAUUGAAACCAAGUUCAUUGCUAAGCGCACGCGACAGCAGCUGCUCAGUGUCAUCGCCCAUGCACAAGUUACCAUUUUUACCGUUGAUCUUAACCGGCGCGUCACAAUGUUGGAAGGUGCCUUGAUCUGGAAUACCACGCCAGAAGACAGCCACGAUCGCUGGUUUCUUGGAGAAGAUAUGUACACAGUCUUCAACAGGUUGACUGAGCAGAUGCCAGAAGGUGAACGCCCGGACUGGCUGCAGCCUAUUGAGGAUUUGCUUGAAGGCAAACGAGAAGAAGAUGUCAAAGAACAUGGCCUGGACGACCGAUGGUACCGAACCCGAUUCUUGCCCCUGUAUGGAAAGAGGCGACAAGAUGGCAAGCCUACCGCAGAUACUUGCGUUGAAGGUGUCAUUGGUGUAGUCAUGGAUGUUACGGAAUUAAAGUCUCGCGAAGAGGCUCUUAUCGAGCAAUCGAGGGAAAAGCGCAAAGCUAUCGCCAAUGAAGCGGCUGCCAGGGAGGCUACCCGCCUUAAGAGCCAAUUCCUGGCUAAUAUGUCACACGAAAUUCGUACGCCUAUUACUGGAGUUCUUGGCAUGGCGGAGCUGCUUAGCGAUAUGCCGCUAGACGACGAACAACUCGAAUACGUCGAUAAUAUCCAGAGCUCUGCAACGUCUCUCUUAACAGUUAUUAACGACAUCCUUGACUUCUCAAAGGUCGAGUCUGGCCGGCUGGAUGUAGAGGAAGUUCAAUUCUCCCUCUCUUUAAUUGUCAAGGAAGUUGGUCGUAUGCUCCAGUUUGCUGUGGAGAGAAAGAACUUGGUGUUCCAAUCACACGUUGAUAGAGACAUUGAAAGUGACAUGACGGUCAUCGGAGAUCCUGGACGUGUGCGACAGAUCAUUACGAAUUUGUUGACCAACAGUAUCAAAUUUACCAAUCAAGGACAUGUCAGAUUUUCCGUCACCAAGGAAAAGGAAACGUCGAACUCGAUCGAAGUCAAAUUCGUCAUCGAAGAUACAGGAAUAGGCAUCCAGGACGAAGUACGAAAGAAGCUAUUUCAGCCAUUUAGCCAAGGUGACGCAUCAACGGCCAGGAGAUUCGGCGGCACUGGUCUAGGCCUUACCAUUUGCAAAAAUCUACUAGACCUUAUGCACGGUCGAAUUACGCUUGAGUCCAACGUUGGAAGCGGAACAACGGCGACGUUUUGGAUCCCGUUCCACAAACCACAACAGGGUCGCGACUCAAGUGUUGUGCGAACGGGUGCGAUCCCAGAUAGGCUGCAGUCGGAAUUGAGCCUGUCAUGUAACAGCUCUGAAUUCGAACCUGGUACAGGAACCUCGCCAGGCUCAGACAGCACCGGAUUUGCCAACCUACGACGGCGCCAUUCCGUCCGUUCACCACCUCAAGGCAAUGCGGAGUCAGACUUACCGCGCUCUGAGCGCGGUAAACUGCAUAUUAUGGUUAUUGAAGACAAUCCAGUCAACCAAAAGAUAGCCAUUAAGACGAUUAGUAAGCUUGGAUUCCAAGUGACUGCGGCAUGGAACGGAAAAGAGGCCCUCGAUUACUUGAUGGGUACAUCGUUAGGGCAGACAAAGAAGCCAGAUAUCAUCCUGAUGGAUGUACAAAUGCCCAUCAUUGACGGCUACAGGUGCACCCACCUUUUACGACAUCACUCGCCAUACAAAGCCAUCGUCGAAGAUGUGCCGAUUGUGGCCAUGACGGCAUCCGCCAUUCAUGGUGACCGCGAAAAGUGCAAACGGGCCGGCAUGGAUGACUAUCUUGCCAAGCCGGUCACCAUGCCUAUUCUUGAACGAAUGCUCGUGCGUUGGGGAAUUUCUAAAAGAAAGGUGCGCCACGAUGGCAAUGCUUCUGAUUGUUCCGGCAGGAGUGAGCAUUGUGAUACGACUAGUAUACCGCAGAUUGGCAUUGAGGAGAGUGAAUCGAUCCCGACUCCAUCUCCCUCAGACGAAGCUCUCGCUGGUCCUAGCACGCCUCGGGCCAUGCCAGCGGUCAUGGCCGCAGACCUCUCGCCAUUUGGAGCACCACCAGCAGCGGACAUGGAACCACCUACGCGCCGACCAGAAGCCGAAAAGGAAUGGUCCAGUAUGCUUCAAGACACAAAGUUUAUCGACGCUGCUGGGUUGCCGCCAUCGUCCCGCAGGACUAACUCGUACCAAGACCAACAAGGUCUUGGAGAAGCGCUCACAGAGGAGAACAUGAAUCGCCUAGUGCAUGAGCAGCAACAAGAACAGCACGAACAGAAUCCAUGAGAAACACGAUAAUGAUGUUCGAAGAAAGUGGCUGACCCGCUCGGGUCACCACACCAUUCUUUCGUUUUAUGCUGAACCGAUUUCUCGACAAACCCCCAUAUUUAUUUCACGUAUAUACUUUCUAAUAUUGUCCUCUCUUUCUAUUUCAUCUAGAAACUACUUACAGAGACGGAAUUCAUUGAGCCCUGACUGAGGGGAUGUCGGGUGCAUAUAGUUUGAGAACCAAAGGGUGUCUCAACCUUUACUGUUUUUCUUUCCUUGGCUUGGGUUAGGCAAAAGUUAUGAUUGGUCUUUGUACUUUGUGUUUGGAUAAUGAUGACGCCAAGAAUAAUAUUUUAUAGCAUGAUAAUCGACAUGAAUGAUUCUCUUUGAUUUCUUCUACGUUUCUUGAGAUCAUGCAGUUUACCGUGCAUUAUUUCAGGAGUAGGGCGCUGGUUUCGAAUUCACCGCCGCGUGAAACGCCA